UUGUCUCAAGUAAUCGCUGGUUCCUCGCAGUGAGAACAGAAGGGCCCCGCCCCACCCGAGUUGCCCCACACAGGCAUCCAGGCACCAGCACACGCACCGCACCGAGCGAGCUCAGCCGUCGGUAACGGAGAAGAUGGCUGAGCGGCAACAACAGAAACACGAAGGCAGGGUAAAGAUCGGCCAUUACAUCCUCGGCGACACGCUCGGAGUGGGGACAUUCGGGAAAGUGAAGAGUUAAGUCAUGUUUUUGUGUCAUGCGGAGCUUAAUGUGAGCAUUUGAGGCUGUCAGGCGGAGUAGUUAAUGUGAAGUAGUGGCCGUGCCCCCCCUUCUCGACGCACCGUGUUGAACUUGAUAGUAAGCAGUUUGCGUAACUCACCGCUUUACGGGCAGAAAUAAGAUUGAAUUUGGGCCGUAAGUGCGCUAUGAGAAUCCGACCAUUUCAAAGUCACAUUCUUCCACCAAAGCCCCCUUCUAGCCACAGUUACCAGCUAUAGCAGGUGUAAUUACCUGGAGGGCAACAGAGAUGCAGAGUCACGCUGUCAUUAUCAUUUCGUAGCAUUAAACAGUUCAGACUUAUGAUAUGUUGGGGAGCAUCAGUUGACAGGCCAUAAAGUGGCUGUGAAGAUCCUGAACAGACAGAAGAUCCGCAGUCUUGAUGUUGUUGGAAAGAUCAAACGAGAGAUCCAGAAUCUCAAACUUUUCAGACACCCACACAUCAUCAAACUGUACCAAGUUAUAAGUACACCGACAGAUUUCUUCAUGGUCAUGGAGUAUGUGUCAGGAGGGGAGCUGUUUGACUACAUCUGCAAAAAUGGACGGGUGGAGGACACGGAAGCUCGACGUCUCUUCCAGCAGAUUAUCUCAGCUGUAGACUACUGCCACAGGCACAUGGUGGUACACAGAGACCUCAAACCCGAAAAUGUCUUGCUUGAUGCCAACAAGAACGCCAAGAUCGCAGACUUUGGACUGUCAAACAUGAUGUCAGAUGGGGAAUUUCUACGAACUAGCUGUGGCUCACCCAACUAUGCAGCUCCAGAGGUCAUCUCAGGAAGGCUGUACGCGGGACCAGAGGUGGACAUCUGGAGCUGCGGGGUGAUCCUGUACGCCCUGCUGUGUGGCACUCUGCCCUUUGAUGAUGAGCACGUUCCCACACUGUUUAAGAAGAUCAGAGGAGGCGUCUUCUACAUCCCGGAGUACCUGACCCGCUCCGUGGCCUCGCUGCUAAUGCUCAUGCUGCAGGUGGAUCCACUUAAGAGAGCCACCAUCAAAGACAUCAGGGAGCACGAGUGGUUCAAGCAGGACCUGCCAGGCUACCUGUUUCCUGAAGACCCGUCGUACGACGCCACUGUCCUGGAUGAGGAGGCUGUCAGAGAAGUGUGUGAGAAGUUUGAAUGCACAGAAUCUGAAGUUGUGUCCAGCCUCUACAGUGGAGAUCCACAGGAUCAGUUAGCAGUUGCCUAUCACCUCAUCAUAGAUAAUCGUCGCAUCAUGACCCAGGCCAGUGAAUUCUACUUGGCAUCCAGUCCUCCGCAGGGCUCCUUUAUAGAGGAGGGCAUGCCGCUGCCUCCUGGGGUCAAACCCCACCCAGAGAGGAUGCCCCCACUCUUGGCUGACAGCCCCAAGUCCCGUUGUCCCCUGGAUGCCCUCAACACCACCCGGCCCAAACCGAUGGCAGUAAAGAAAGCCAAGUGGCACUUGGGUAUCAGGAGUCAGAGUAGACCUUAUGAUAUCAUGGCUGAGGUGUACAGAGCCAUGAAACAGCUCAGCUUUGACUGGAAGGUGGUAAAUCCGUACCACCUGCGAGUACGAAGGAAGAACCCAGUGACAGGAAACCUGGUAAAAAUGAGCCUGCAACUCUACCAGGUGGACAACAGAUCCUACCUCCUCGACUUCAAGAGUAUCGAUGAUGACAUCAUCGAGGCCGUUGGCUUUAAAUCGGGGUCGUCCACCCCCCAGAGGUCAGGUUCCACCGCCGGUCUCCACAGACCCAGACUAAGCAUCGAUUCUGCAAGCCCAGCGAUUGAUCUGCCCCUGCUCAGCUCCUCUCUCCCUGGAUCCCUGUCCGGUAGCUCUCCUCAACUCACCCCACGCCAGGGAUCACACACCAUGGACUUCUUUGAAAUGUGUGCCAGCCUGAUCACCACACUGGCACGCUGAGACCUGCUGAUUCUCAACCUUCCUGAAACCUGGAUGUCAGCGGGGUUUUUAAGCUAACUGCAAAUCUGGGAGGUAGGAAGUUGUAGAUGUUUGGAGUGACCUCCUCUUUCUGUUCUCCAAACGGCACCGUGAUAAGCAAUACCCAUGUGGUGUUGACCUCAGGUGAAUGGAGAGAGAAAAAGGGAGUAAAAUCAGAGUUUUGUUUUUGAUACAGUCAUUGGGUUAAAUCCCGGUGGUCAAACAAUGGGCCACAGCUUGUGAAAACUGAUUAUAGGAUUUGGCUUUGUUGAUGAACUUGUAGAAGUCAGCAGAAUGAAAGAGGACGGAGUCAGCAAAGAUCAAGUUUAAGGUCACUCCUCCAAAAACACCUUUAAUAUUUCAUUAACCGCUGAACCUCGUCAGCAACCGUAACAUCCUGCAGAGUUUGCCUCAGACACUGAUCAGAGGUCAGUUUUGCAGCUUGUCUCGCAUGAGAUCGGGGCGAUCACCGUUAGAGCUGAGUCACACAGAAUUCUAUGUCAGGUUUUAUAUGGUCUGUAAAAAAGCUCGUUUUCCAUGUAUAUUAUAAUCAUAUUACAUAGCUGACAAUGUUGACAGAGUUAUACCAAAUAACAGACUUUAUACAUCAGAAAGAUUAUUAUUAUUAUUUAGGUAUCAGAUCCAUAUUUAUUUUUUUGAAAGAUUGUUUUUUUAGGUACUGUAGUUAUAUUAUUUUAGGACUACAUCACAAAGUUUUAACCUAAUUUUUAAAUAGAUUGUAGAUGAUAAAUGAAUCACCAGAGACAGCAUGAUGGUGCAAAAUAUGAAACUUCUUUUGUGUAGAACACACAUGCACACCAUGUCACAUGGAUUUUGCUGCUCGCUAUCUUUGUCUUGCAAAUAUGCAACACUCACAGAGCUCGUAAUAAAGCAGCUGCCGCUCGGCUUCUCAGUGCUGCUCCAACAGAAUGCAAAGUAAUAAAGCAAGCAAAGCAGACCUGUGACUUCAGAACAGGCAAUCAGUCAAGUAUGCAGUAAUCUUAAUCACAACAGAUGUCUCGUGAUGCAACAGGAAUGUUUUAGUGUAGCAAACAUUGUCACAUUAAGCCUUUUAAGUAGUGAGAAACACCACAAGAAUUCGAAGCAUUGAAAUGAAUUUUCCAUGAAUGACUUCUACACAUUAAACACAUUCUUCUCUGACAAAUCUGCAGACUUCAUCAGCCAUACGUCAGUUGUUCUGUAACCAGAUAAGAUGUUUAUAGAAGU